ACAAUCACACUUUUCGUAGCCGCAAAUCUAUCGAUCGUAAUAUAUUCAUUUAUUUCUCCUUCUUCUACAGAUCUCUCUUCUUUACUUACUCAUCAUCAUCACAACUUCUCAGAAAAAGAUCUGAGAAAAAAAAUUUGAAAAUGAAGCUCGAAUUCACCAUUGUUGCUAUGAUGCUAAUGCUCGUACUCGUCUCCGGUGAGAUUUUAACUAAAUCCUCACCGGCUCCGUCACCGGAUCUAACAAUCGACGCUGCAGAUUCGCCUUUAAUCCACGCACCACCACCACCGACAAUCGGAUCUCCUCAUUCACCAGCGGAAUCUCCAACUGAAUACUCUUCUCCUCCAGAGCCUGAAACAAAACACUCUCCAUCUCCAUCACCUUCUCCGGUGAACUCUCCAUCGAUCUCUCCGCCGUUACCGAAUGAUUCUCAAUCUCCUUCUUCGUCUGCUUCUCCGUCUCCGUCGCCUGAAGCUAGCGAUUUGAAUCACAGCGAUAUUAAAGGAAUCGAAGGGGAAAAAUCAUCGUCGGGAGGCGGUGGAGGAAUGAGCGGCGGGAAGAAAGUUGGGGUUGCUUUCGGAGCGAUUGCGGCGGUUUGUGUGGUUGGAGUCGCCGGAUUUGUGUACAAGAAACGGCAAGAGAAUAUUCGUAGAUCUCGUUACGGUUACGCCGCCAGAGAGAUUCUGUAAUGAGAGAAGAGAGAGAGAGAGAUCCGGCGAGGAUAGGUGUUUAAUAAUGCAUGCUAAAAUAA